AUGAGAGAAAUCAUACACUUGCAGACGGGACAGUGUGGAAACCAGGUGGGAUGCAAGUUUUGGGAGACGAUCAGCGGGGAGCACGGGAUUGAUCAGACAGGUAGGUAUGUUGGGACGUCGGACAACCAGCUCGAGAGGAUCAAUGUCUAUUACAACGAGGCAUCUUCGAAGAAGUAUGUUCCUCGUGCGGUCCUGAUUGACCUUGAGCCUGGGACCAUGGAUGCUGUUCGGCAGGGGCCGUUUGGAGAGCUGUUCAGGCCGGACAACUUCGUGUUUGGACAGAGCGGUGCAGGAAACAACUGGGCAAAGGGGCACUACACCGAGGGGGCGGAGCUCAUUGACUCUGUCAUGGACGUGGUCCGGAAGGAGGCGGAAUCGAGCGACUGUCUACAGGGGUUUCAGAUUACACAUUCGCUUGGAGGAGGAACGGGAGCAGGGAUGGGGACCCUUCUGCUGUCGAAGAUAAGGGAAGACUUUCCAGACAGGAUGAUAUGUACAUUUUCUGUUGUGCCAUCGCCAAAGGUGAGCGACACGGUUGUGGAGCCCUACAAUGCAACGCUUUCGAUCCACCAGCUGGUUGAGAAUGCGGAUGAGACGUUCUGCAUUGACAACGAGGCGCUGUACGAUAUCUGCUUUCGAACUCUGAAGCUGAACAACCCCGGAUAUGGAGACCUGAACCACCUUGUCUCCCUUGUGAUGAGUGGUGUCACGACGUGCCUGAGGUUCCCUGGGCAGCUGAAUGCAGACCUCAGGAAGCUUGCAGUCAACAUGAUUCCGUUUCCUCGGCUCCACUUCUUUGUAGCCGGAUUUGCGCCCUUGAUUGCAAUAGGCACACAGAAGUUUAAGACCUACUCUGUCUCUGAGCUUACACAGCAGAUGUUUGACUCGAAGAACAUGAUGACUGCAUGCGAUCCUCGGAAGGGAAGAUACCUUACUGUUGCAGCGAUGUUCCGCGGAAAGAUUUCGAUGAAGGAUGUAGAUGAGCAGAUGUCUAUGGUGCAGUCGAAGAACAGCUCUCUGUUUGUGGAGUGGAUCCCAAGCAACGUGAAGACUGCGGUCUGUGACAUUGCACCGACGGGUCUUGAGAUGUCUGCAACGUUUGUCGGAAAUACGACAUCGAUCCAGGAGCUCUUCAAAAGGAUUUCUGACCAGUUUACGGUGAUGUUCAGGAGAAAGGCCUUCCUGCACUGGUACACUGGAGAAGGGAUGGACGAGAUGGAGUUCUCCGAGGCCGAGUCGAACAUGAACGACCUGCUUUCCGAGUACCAGCAGUACCAGGAUGCAACGAUCGAGGAUGCUGAGGAGUUUCUAGUUAAUUAA